UCGCUCCGACGGCUCGCCGUCCUGCCACUUGCUGCGUCAUCGAUCCAUUAUGCAAGCUGACGGAGCACACGCGGGGUAUUUAUACUGCUACUGGUACGCCCCUCCAGCUUCGUCAACAACGUCGCUUGCUCGAGCAUCUGGCUAACAUGUCCGCACCAAAGGUCAUUCGCUGGGGUAUCCUCGCCACAGGAGGCAUCGCACAAACGUUCUCGAGGGACCUUCUCCUCGACCCCAAGACGCGCGGCGUAACCUCCAUCAAGCACAUCAUCGUCGCAGCUGCGAGUUCCUCCGGCCAGGCGCGCGCGACCCAGUUUCUAAAGGAUGUCGGUGCAGCCUCGACGGCCAAGGCGUAUGGCUCCUACGAGGAGUUCGUGAAGGACCCAAACGUUGACAUUGUCUAUGUCUCUACACCUCAUUCGCACCAUUAUCAGAACACCAUGCUGUGUCUGGAAGCAGGCAAAAACGCGCUUGUCGAGAAGGCGUUCACCGUGAACGCAGCCCAGGCGAAGAAGCUGACAGAGAAGGCUAAGGAGAAGAACCUAUUCCUCAUGGAGGCUGUAUGGACGCGUUACUUCCCACUCUCCCACUACGUGCGCGACGUCAUCACGUCCGGCAAGCUGGGCAACGUCCAGUUAGUCACCGCCGACAACGGACUCUGCCUCGACCCCGAGGAGACGAUGGCCGACGGCAAGCACCGCAUGGUCAACCCGGACCUCGCGGGCGGCGCGCUGCUCGACUCGGGGAUCUACGCGCUCACCUGGGUCUUCCAGACGCUCUACACCACGCUCCCGCCCGCGCAGCGCAAGGCGCCGUCCGUCAGCUCCGCGCUCAAGAUCUACAAGCCCACGGGGCAGGCGGACGAGCUCGCGACCAUGCUGCUCGUCUUCCCGCGCGCGGAGAACAAGGACGUGCACGCGGUCGCGACGACGAGCAUUCGCUACGGAUCCGACCCGCUUGGCGACCUCUCCGCGGGCCCUGCGUGUCGCGUCCACGGCGACAAGGGCGAGAUCCAGAUCUUCCCGCCGCUCUACCGCCCGACGAAGACGCGCCUCAUCCUCCGCGAUGGCCCCAUUGAGGACAGGGAGUGGCCGCAGCCCGGCCCCGGGAAGGGCUCGGGUUGGUUCAACGGGUUUGGCGACGGCAUACAGCCCGAGGGUGAGGGCCAGGGGAUGUUCUGGGAGGCGGAUGAGGCGGCGUAUGCGUUGGUCGAGGGUCGGAAGGAGAGCCCGCUGUUGACCUGGGAGGAGAGCGUGCUCAUCAUGGAGGUCAUGGAUGAAGUCAGGAAGCAGGGCGGUCUCAGGUUCCCGGAGAAGAUCGAAACCACCGACUUCCCGGUUGCUCUCUGAGUCGGAUGUGGCGAGAUGUCACAAGAAGUUCAACAAAAGUUGUAUAGUACUGAUACAUCGAGU